CGAGGGUGGCACUCAGUACUCGGUACUCAGGCCUCAGGGGGUGGUUUUAAAAGAGUGCAAGCAUUUCUGCACGCUCCACAAUCAUUCCAAGUCGUAACCGACCUGAAGUCCAACAUGAUCACUUUUCGGAGAUUGAACCUUUCCCAAAAAGGAUCCCGCAACACCCCAGAACAAGCCCCAGAAUCCUGUCAUACCUACUCACAGGACGAGGAUUACUGUAAGCUGGCCAGCGACGGUAAGUACUCAGCUCCGAUUCUACAAGCCGCAGUGGUCAUGGGGGUAACCGAAUGAGCCUCGACGUUGGACGAUAAAUAAUAGCCGACUCGGAACAAUCAAUAACAACUCACGCUCAGGGUUUCUUGCAUACCACGAUGUGGAAGCAGGUCAUGCGGUUAGAAAUCUGGACGCCGUCGUACAGAGAGUGUGUAUCCUCUAUACUUAUAGCUUAGCGGUCGAUCUGCCGCCUCAAACUGACCACUACCACCGUCCUCCGAACACUGGCCGUACAACCCUCUACUAAGUAGCGAUACAAAAAAUGACAUCAGCAACAGAAUGGACUCUUCGCAAACUCACCAAGGCCACCCCUGAGGAGCUGGAUGAAGCUGCACGCGUCGCCGAAGCCGCCUUCAAAGGUGACGAAUUCAACAAGGCAUGCGUGGGUGGCAAUUGGGACCUUCUGUUCCCAUUCUGGCGUGGCACUCUCGGAGCUUCAGAUGUUGCUGGAGAGAACUGGGUCGCCACCGUGGGGGACAAAAUUGUCGGUGUCGCUGGCUGGUUCCCUGCUGGUCGUCUGCUCUUGGAUUCACCGGAUCAAGCAAAGGCCGGGUGGAACAAGUUCACGGAGUUGUUGACUCCUGAGCUGGGCAAAUGGUGGAUGGAGUAUUUCUUACCAAAGUACGAAGAGGCUACGACUAAAGCAUUCGGACCCAACACAAAGAAAGAUAGCUGGCAUCUUCAGACAUUGUGCAUUCUACCCGAAUUCCAGAGACGCGGUAUUGGACAUGGAUUAGUCAAUGUGAAGAAGAAUGAGAUCAUUGCAGAAGGUGCAGGUCAGGCAAUGUGUCUCGAGUCCGAGGUUGCGAAGAAUACGGAGCUCUAUAAGUCCUGGGGCUUCGAAGACAAGGGCAAAUUCUCGUUCGAGAGCGACGUGACUUCGAGCAGGUUCGAUAUGUGGUGCCUCUACAAGAAGUAAAAUCAGAGGAUGCCGCACAUUGAGACGAGCUUACGAUAGUCUAUGAAUAUAUCAUCCGACAUAUGUUACCCCAACCAGGCACAUUCCAAGCACCUUUGAGCUCGGUUUCGUAGUGGGUGCCGUCAGUGGGUCCGAGUCGACACACUGUCAAUAUUUUGAACUAUCGUAACGCCACCAACGCAGUCAUACAUAACAAGAUUCUGAGUAGAUGGACAUUGUAUUGAUAACCUGGUAACAACCACGGCUAGGAGUCACCGUCACUCCUAGGACACUAAAAGUACACGCGAACGAACAAUCAAGACAUAGAGGCUAACAUUUCACUGCUGGGUGGACGCAUGCACGAACGAGCCAUUCACCAUUAGACCAGCUUACUUCUUCCCCCUCUUCUUCGUUUCCGCUGCCUGACGUUUUCUCUCCUCCGUCUCCCUACGUUUGCUCUCCUCCUCCGCCUCCCGACGUUUCUUCUCCUUCUCCGCCUCCUGACGUUUCUUCUCCUCAUCCGCCUUAAUCCUAGCGGAUCGUCGAGAUCCAGAAGUGCUGCGUUCCGAGUCAAGAUUCGCUUCGGUGGUGCCUGCGCCUCUGUCACCCCCU